CAGCCACGGCGUUAGUACUAGUCUGCUGGCCAUAGCUACCGACACUCGCAGCCUCCACUGCCUCCGCCUGCCAUCACCAUGAAGAUCCCCAUCAUUAUCGCCCUGGUCGUGGCCCUCUUCAAUGAGUUACACUGUGCACCAGUACGAGACGACGAAGGAUACUAUAAAGAAGGACACUCUUUAAAUAGAUGGGGAAGACAUUAUGGUGGAGGUUUUAACUUAGGUAUCCAUGGCGGGGUUAAGGAUGGAUUAGCAUCUCUUGGAACUACGAAUAAUUUCGAUUUCAACGCUGACGGCUAUGAUGGUACCGAUAGAAGAGAUGUUUAUUAUACUAUUAACGCUCAGCCUGCACCUUCAAAUUCCGGGAAUCGAUACAACCCUGGUUACAGCUCACCAUACGGUGAAUAUACUCCACAAUAUGGUCAACAGUUCUCACAACAAUACUCUCAAAACCGCCCUGGAUUUGAACCACAGUACGAAGCGCAGUACCCACAGCGUGCUCCGCCAAGGAGAAGAGCAGGGUCACGUAGACCACCGACUGAUUCGCAGAGGUAUCAAAGAAGGGAAGAAGAAGAAGAAGAAGAAGCAUAAGAUGUUUUAUUUUACUUUGUUUUACACGUUACUCACUGUAACUGUAUGACAAGGUACUUCGACUACUAAGGUCGUAUUAUGAAGAUACAAUAUAUAUUGUAGUUUAGCCAUUUGUAUUUUUUAUUUCCAAUAAAUAAAUCUUUGAUGUAAA